AUGCUCAAGUUACAAGUUGUUCUUGUUCCUCCAAGUGCUUUGAAACAACGUCAGCAGCAACCGUUGAGAAGCCAAUGGGGGAAUACGGCUGCUAUUCAAUCCUCAUCUCCUUUCCCAAGGGAUCUGGGGACUUCAACGCCAAACACGUCAAAUAUCAGUAGUUCGGGUGGUAAUGGCAAUGGCAACGGAAACAGCAGUGGAAUGUUUGGAUUCCAACCACUGAGAAAGUUUUUGCACAUAACACGUCGAGACAAGGAGUUGUUUGAAGUUGGGUUGGAGAUUAGAGCGAGGUUCUCGAAGUUGUACCCGGAUGAAGAGCCUCUAGAGAUAUUGAAGUUGCAAGAUUCGAAUGAGUGCGACUUGGAUCCGGAUUACAUUGUUGGCGAUAUCUUUGAUGUGGACAAUGUUGUUCGUGUUUUGCUUCUCAACGAAGUUGUGCCACUAGACAUUACGAUGGAGAAGGAGGUGGUUGCAAGAAAGAAACGUCGUGCAUCUGGUGGUAACUCAUCCACACUGACAAUACCAAAGAAGAGAAUCAUCUCAAAACAACCACACCGCGGUGAUACCUCUGUUUGGAGCAAUGUUGAGAGCGACGUGAGAAGAUCCAAUCUAUCCAACCAGAUCUAUCCGGAGAAGUCGUUCAAUUUGUCUAUCAACGAUGACUCUGAAGUUUCUCUGCCCCCUCCUGAAGAAGAUGAGACCAGGUACGAGGAUCCAAAGAAGCACAAGCCUCUGCCAACAUCACCUUUACCUUCGUCAAAGAGAAUAACUUCGGGCAUGCUCGUUGCUCCGGAACCUCAGUUGAAGGAUGCUGCGGAGGCUACGUUGCACGAACAGGAGAUCAAUGAGAAACUGGCACAGAAGAGAAUUCCGUCAAAGAGAACUGUUCUCGAACAAGAGGAAGAGGAAGAGGGAGAACAAGAGGAAGAACAAGAGGAAGAACAAGAGGUAGAGCAAGAGGUAGAACAAGAGGUAGAGCAAGAGGUAGAACAAGAGGUAGAGCAAGAGGUAGAACAAGAGGAUGAGGAAAAAGGAAAGCAAGAGGAUGAGGAAAAGGGAAAGCAAGAGGAUGAGGAAAAGGGAAAGCAAGAGGAUGAGGAAAAGGGAAAGCAAGAGGACGAAAAGAAAGCACCAAUCAGUAGAAAAUCCAGUCCAGCCCUAAGUGAGAUCUUAAGCUCCAGUAAAGAUACUAGUGUUCACAAGACUGCAUUUACAGAAUCUGAAGAUGAAAGUGAAGAUGGAGAUGAAGAUGGAGAUGAAGAUCAACAGAAUACUGUUAUUUACCACAAGAAAGAACAACCAACUCAAUUACUCAACACCCAGGAAGAGGAAUCAGGACAGCCAGCUGAUAUAACGGACUCUUUGACUCUUGGCCCAGAGUUUACCAAAAAAGAAGUGAUUAAGAUCUUCGAAACUGGUAGAAUCCCAGCAUCUGUGAAGAAGAAAUUGGAAAAGUUUGCAUGCGCAAAACUCACUAUACCAAUCACUGGUUCCGAUAAUGGUCCUCGUUCUGCAAGAACUUCUCGUGCUGCUGCUGUUGCAGCCCUCAAAAAGAUUGUUCAAGCCAAAUUCCCAGACUUAGACUUCCCAGAGAGGCUUGGCCGUUCUAAUGGAACACCAACUAAGACGGAGAACCUUUCACGUACAGCAUCCAAUGGUAAUGUUGUGGAAGAAGAAGACAACAUAAAUAGUAAGGAGGAAAAAGAAGAAGACAACAUAAAUAGUAAGGAAGAAAAAGAAGAAGAUAGCGAGGAUGAUGAUGAUGAUGAUGAUGAUGAUGAUGAUGAUGAUGAUGACGAUGUUGUCGUUUACAAGAAGGAGAUACUGCAGAAGACAGAGGAUCUAAACCCACCUGCUCCAGAGAAGCCCGUCAAGGCUUCUUCAAAGAUUUCACAAAAUGUGACCGAGCCUCAGUCAACGGUUACUCUUGAGGAUGUUCGGAACAAUAUUACUCAUUCAAAGUCUGACAUCUCUGAGGCUCAGGGACCUAAGGAAGCUCGGGUGGAACAACCGCCGGAAAGCUCCAAGUCAACAGAAUCCACAAACGUUACGAAAUCCAAUGCUGAAGAAGCGAAACCUGCUCAAAAGUUACAGACAGAGAAUACUGAACCAUCAAUUGCAGCAAACAUUUCCAACACAUUAACUACUUCGCCUGCUGGUCCAAUGGGUUCAUCUGAAUCAGACCUGAGCUCCUUUAAGAGAGUAUUACUUCACAGGGCACAUCUCUCCAAUCCAGGCCUUCCAGAGCCUUUAGAUAGUGAAGUACCUGGAAUUAAAGAGAUUGAUGACAAAUUGGGAUCUACAACAACAACACUUGACGAGAAGAGAGCAUUGUUGAUUCAGAGAAAAAAGCUUAUCAGAAACGCUAAGAGACGUGAACAGUACAAAAAACAAAAACUUGAAGGUACCACACCUCACAAGCCAAGUCAAUCUACACAGACCCCAUCAAAGAUUCCAGCUACUCAAUCAUCACAGGGCUCGUCUGAGGCUUAUAAAUCAGCACAUGUUUCGGUAAAAACGGUACAACCUGUACCAGAUGUUAUUCAAAGUACACCAACUGCUAAAAUAUCUGCAACAUCUAAAACAGAUGCUGCACCAAAUGCGUUGCAGACUAUUUCAGGUAAAACUGAAACAAAAGGGGAAUCAGAUAGUUCCAGCUCGGGCUCUGGGUCAGAAUCAGAGUCAGAGUCAGAAUCAGAAUCAGAGGAGGAAGAGAAGUCCUCAAAGACCCCAAGAAUUGUCAAUACACCAAAGACGAUCUCUCAGUCUGCGUCGAGGACUGAAACUUUGAGAACGAACGCUGCAAAAACUGUGAAUUCUAAUAACUCAAUCUCUCAAACUCAACCGGCAACACCGUCCAUAUCCCAGAAGAAAAAAGGUAUCAACUCACGCAAAUCACUGAGCUCGUUGACCGACCUUGCCUCACGUGGUGUUCCUGAUGUUCAGGAUUCUCUAACACCAAAAUCCAACAGACAAUCAGUCGCCUCGAGUUCUAAGAAACCUGAAAACGAGUCGGAAAAUGACAGCUCUGACAGCUCAAGUUCUGACAGCUCAAGCUCUGACAGCUCAAGUUCUGACUCUGAUUCCGAUUCAGACAGACCAAGUCAAAAAUUCCUCAACGCUAAGGCUGCAAGUGAUCUUGUUGGUGGUAAACCAAAGAAAAAAAGAGUUAGUAGUGCAUUCAGAGGGUUGAUUGAUGAUGCUAACAAGAGAUGA